AUGCUUCAACGAUACCGUCCGGUGUCGGACGCCUACUUUGAACUUCUGGAGGGAAACAAGGAUCAUGUUGCACAGAUCUUGCUCAGAAUAUCCUCCCUAAAUGUACCCUCGGAGGGAGAUAAGCUUCUUCGGUUGGGCCCGUUUCUGACAGGCAGUUUUCGGGAUGUGGCUCCUGGAGACGGGAGACUCACCGACCAAUCACCCCUCACGUCUCUUCGUAAACUGGAUGCCAACGCUGCGCAAAAGCGGAUAUAUCUUCCCGUGGUUGUGUCAAUCAUUGGUCUUUCCACAAAUUUUCUAAAACGAUAUCCGGAAAGGAAGCUCGGCCGAGCCUCGGCGAUCCACCUCCAUCCUACACUGUCAGGACAAGGCCGACAUCUUUGCCCCAGAUCAUGCUUCGGCGACGUAUUGAUCACCCUGAACGCCCGCCAGUCUGCCCAAACCAUGAUCGAUCCCGAAGCCAGAGGGCUUAGCGGGCAGCUCCUGUUGGAUGAUACUCCGUGUGGAGUAAGGUAUAAUACAUGUGGUGUUUUAGAUCUCGUUUCGCCGACUUAG